AUGGGACUAAUUUUCUUCACUAGACGGGAUUCAUACCCUUCUUACCAUGGGUUGAACACUUCUUUCGAGUGUGGCAACAUCCGAGAUGCCCUCAAGACGGAUACCGUUUUCUUCUCUGUCGACUUCGAGACUCUGUGUCUUGAGAAACAUUGGGAAGGAGGUUAUCGCACCCAACCGAUCACUGAGAUCGGUAUCUCAGUCCUCGACAUGCGCACCAUCUCAGGGUGCAAGAGCCAUGGCGAGUUUGUGCCUGGCAUGGCAGCUGAGGCUCCAGGGUGCUUCCCUGGGCCGACUGCUGCCGUGGGCCCUCUCCCAUGCCGUUCCAACCCAGGGGAUCGUGGCCUGAUUUGGCGACAGCACGUCAGUUCCAAUCACUACAUCGUCGACGACUAUAGCGACCAUUACGCUGGGAAUUGUCGGGACGUCGCCUCCGUCGAUCACAACUCGAAUUCCUACGGCUUUGCUUUCAAGUCCAGCAAAAGCAAUUUGACUAGCGAGGAGAAGAAGAAGGGCGAAGGCCGCAAGAUCGUCAUCCUGGUCUGGGACUCUCGCCUGGAGGAGAAGACUUUCCGCCGUCUUGGACUCGACUACUUCUACCAACCGAACGCCGAGGUUUGGGACUUGCAGCUCCACCCGGCUUGGCGCUACUGUCUCGGAGCUGAUCGCAACCACAGAAGGGAAUCGGCCGCUUGCAAAAUGAUGGGAGUUGCGUACGAGACGGCAUGGGGAGAGAGCCUUGCACACUGUGCUGGCAACAUUGCCGCCUUCAAUGUGCAGAUAAUGCUUGCCUUGGGCACCGCCACAGCGGAGCAAAAGGAGCUGGUCAAAGCCAGCCGACCCCUUCCCACCCUCCCUCAGUCUUGGGUCGAUUAUACCCUUGCCCAGGUGAAUAAGCCCUGGCUGCUCCGGCGGAUGGAGGCUGGUGAGGAAUGA